AUGAACAUUUUAUGUUAUUAUCGUGAUUGCACAGAAGAAGAUGCUGCAAAAAUGUAUAAAGAGCACAUUAUUGAUAAAAUUCAAGAUCAAUUGGAAUUUAAUCAAUACUUUACACGUCAGUGGGACAUUCAUAAACAACAGUGGAUAGCCGCUGCCAGACCAAAUGAAUUAACCGUUGUGAAUAACGUUUCUGAAUCUUUAUUUAAAAAGAUAAAAUAUCACGAUUUUGGCUGCGUUAAAAAUCAAAGAAUUGAUGUUUUUGUCAAAAAUCUUUUAGAAGAAGUUGCACCCAAUUACUUUUAUCGUAUUAAAAACGAUUUACUUCAAACAGGUUUUAUUCCUUCAAUUAGAAUUCGCGAGCCUCGAUUGACAGAUUAUAAAACAAAAUUGAAAAGAGAAGUUCAAUCACGUUUAUACCAAGUAUUAAAUUUUGUUCAGAAUCAAGAAGCCAAUUUGAAUCCAUUAAGAUUUUGA